CCUCGCGGGGGGUACGUAAAGCAACCCGGGAUCAUUUAGCCUGGAAUCCUUGGCCCGGGCGUGCACUGAUUGCUUCCUGGCCCCAUGGCUGCAUGGCCAAUGUCUCGGACGUUCCGGGGAUUCCUGAAAGCUGCCGGUAGGGGCUGCAGCUCAAGGGCCCCUGUGACGUUGCCUCGGAAUGGGGAGCCGGUUCUGCAAGCAUCUCAGGAGCUGUCCCCAGCCAGGCGGAGGGAGUUCCUGCGAGAUCAUGCUGCCCCCUUCUCAGCUUUCCUCACUGACAGCUUUGGCAGAAGACACAACUACCUGCGCAUUUCCCUCACUGAGAAAUGUAACCUUCGGUGUCAGUACUGUAUGCCUGAGGAGGGCGUCCCGCUGACUCCCAAGGCGGACUUGUUGACCACAAGGGAGAUCCUGACCCUUUCCCGGCUCUUUGUGAAGGAAGGGGUGGACAAGAUCCGGCUCACGGGUGGGGAGCCUCUCAUCCGACCUGAUGUAGUAGACAUUGUGGCUCAGCUUCAACAGCUGGACGGCCUGAAGACUAUUGCCAUCACCACCAAUGGGAUCAACCUUGCCCGGCUGCUCCCUCGGCUCCAGGGGGCUGGGCUCAAUGCUAUCAACAUCAGCCUAGAUACCCUAGUGCCAGCAAAGUUUGAGUUCAUCGCCCGUAGAAAAGGCUUCCACAAAGUUAUGGAAGGCAUCCAUAAGGCCAUUGAGUUGGGCUAUGAUCCUGUCAAGGUGAACUGCGUGGUGAUGCGUGGCCUGAAUGAAGAUGAGCUGCUGGAUUUUGUGGCCCUCAGUGAGGGACUCCCCCUGGAUGUGCGCUUCAUAGAAUACAUGCCCUUUGAUGGUAACAAAUGGAACUUCAAGAAAAUGGUCAGUUAUAAAGAAAUGCUGGACACAAUCCAACAGCGUUGGCCAGAGCUGGAAAAGCUACCGGAGGAAGCCUCUAGCACAGCUAAGGCCUUCAGGAUCCCUGGUUUCCGAGGCCAGAUCAGCUUCAUCACAUCCAUGUCUGAGCAUUUCUGUGGGAGCUGCAACCGCCUGCGCAUCACAGCUGAUGGAAACCUCAAGGUCUGCCUUUUUGGGAAUUCAGAAGUGUCUCUACGGGAUUACCUUCGGACCGGGGUCCCCGAAGAGGAGCUGCUGAGCAUCAUUGGAGCUGCUGUGGGCAGAAAGAAGAGGCAACAUGCAGGCAUGUUCAACAUUGCCCAGAUGAAGAACCGACCCAUGAUCCUCAUCGGGUGCCUCCCAGAGCUGCGAGAUGCUCCUCUGACCUCCUCCAGACUCCCCCCCUUGGAUUCCCUGUGCAUUCAGGGGCUGAGAGCCAGAGAGAGUUUCUCUGGCCACAUGGGGGCCCUGCGGACAAGAUGGGGAUUCCCGCAGGUCCUUCCUACAAUCCAACCAAAGCUCGAGGCAGGCUCUCCCAGAUGCUACAGCUCUCACCCAAGAGACCCUGACUCCAGCCCUAAGUGCCUUAACCCAGAGACCCCGACUUCCCCAGCUUCCCCCAGACUCUCUCCGCACUCAGACCAGCUGACCCAUCUGGACUCAGAAGGCCGAGCCACCAUGGUUGAUGUGGGUGGAAAGCCAACCACAGAGCGCGUGGCUGUGGCCUCCGCAGUGGUCCUCCUGGGGCCUCAGGCCUUCAACCUUGUUCGCCAGAACCAGCUACGGAAAGGUGAUGCCUUGGUCGUGGCCCAGCUGGCUGGAAUCCAGGCAGCCAAACUGACCAGUCAGCUGAUCCCGCUGUGCCAUCAUGUGACUCUGAGCCACACCGAGGUACAGCUGGAUCUGGAUGCGGCCCGCCAUGCUGUAGUGAUCCAGGCCUCGUGUCGGGCGUGGGGCCCCACUGGUGUGGAGAUGGAGGCCCUGACUUCUGCGACCAUAGCCGCCCUCACUCUCUACGACAUGUGCAAAGCAGUCAGCAGAGACAUUGUCCUCGGGGAGAUCAAACUGCUUAGCAAAACAGGGGGCCAGCGGGGGGACUUCAAGCGAAGCUAAAAUUCCAAACCACCGCAGCCCCCGCACUGGCACACUCGAGUCUCCUCCCUUUCGGAGUCUGUGUCUGGCUUUGUAUCAGCCUCUAGGAGGAGGAGUGGGUUUGGAGGGGCAUUUUGUCUUUGGGUCACUGUGUCUUUUCAUCACUCCCUGUUAUCCAGGACCAAAAAAAUAUCACAGCUGGGGAAGUGGCCUAACAAUAGUCUAGUCACAGAUUCAGAACUAGAAGGAUCUCAUAGACGAUCUAGCCCCAAAUGUUCACUUUACAGAUGAAGAAAUGGAGGCCCAGAGAGGAAGUGUAACUAACCCGGGCAAAGAGGUAAAGACGGCAGCUAGCCAGAAGCAGAAAUGGGGUUAGAACUCCCCUUUUAUAGCUGCAGGUAUUGAAACUCGAGAAUAAUGAUAUUUUACAUCUGUAGAGCAUUCGGCACUUUUACAUCCAUAUUAUUUGACUCUUGGAAUAAUGCUGUCAGGCCAGCAGGAAACCAAAGGUCUUAAUCAUCUAUAAUUUGUUGGUGGUCCUGGAUAGGAGAGUGUAUUAAUAUCCCGGACCCCAACCUACCCUCCUUUAUUCAUCAUUUCCCCCGCCAUGUUUGUUUUUGCCUUGGUUCAAGUCUUCGUGCCCUGCACUAGACUUUGGGACUACCCUCUAUUGGGUGUUGCUCCCUUAUCUUCCCAGCUCCCCCUCUGAUAGGCUGAAGGCCCCUUCCAUCCUGGGAGAGGACUUUGGUCCAGUUUCUUUUCUUGGAAGAAGGGAGGAGAGGUCCUCAGGGUUUUUGCAUGCUGGUCUUAUUGAUGCCUUUAGGUAUGUGUAUGUGUGUGUGUAUCUGUGUCUGUGUCUGUGUUUACAUCACAAUCAUUUCCAGAUACAGCUUCCCACACCCCACAGGAGCCUUCAUUAAUGAUAGCAACAAAUGAUUCAUAAAAACCAGCCAACACAGAGACUACAUCUGCCGGGAGAGAUAGCAUUCCACAGCCAUCACCUCUCGCCUCUGCAGCCACAGGAGGGUGGUGCAUUUCCUCCACCCUUCUUUAAACCUCAUCCUUCUUGAGAUAGCCUUUUUUUCAACUGGCCAGAGGAGCAAAGAUUUAUGGGUGGCCGGAUUCCUAGGAAGUUUAUGUAGGUGGGGUGAGACAACGAAUGAGGAGGAUUUCAGCUUACUGCGGGCGUCUCAUUUUUGCACGUGGAAGUGACCACCUCUGUUUGGGGUUGAUUUCUUUGUGGCUGGAGUGUAGCCUGACUUCUCCCCCAACCCACAUCCUUUAAUUAUCCUAUUUCACAGAGGCAGUGUACUGGAUAUAGCAUUGGGCCUGUAGUCUCAUAUCCAGCCUCAGAUACUUCUUAAUUGUGCAACUGUGCCAAGUCACUUAGCCACUAUUUGCCUCAGUUCCCUCAACUAUAAAGGGGGUAAUAAUAGCACCUAAAUUAUAUAGACUAUAUAUAUGAAAAAAAUAUAUAUAUAUAAUUAUUCUUGAGUUAAAAUCUAACCUCAGAUACUUACUAGCCGUGGGAUCCUGGGCAUGUCACUUAGCCCUGCUUGCCUCAGUUUCCUCAUCUAUAAAAUGAGCUGCAGAAGGAAAUGGCAAACCACCUCAAGUAUCUCUGCCAAGAAAGCCCCAGAUGGACUCACAAAGAGUCAGACACCACUGAAUAACAAUGCUCUUGACCACUAGAAAGGGCUUCCCAUUAUGAUACCAGACUAGAUGAUAUCUAAUACAGGUUAAUUUCUUGUUUUGCCCUAGUAUAUUCCUCAGGACUCUCCUUUAUUUAAAACAUGAUUUCUCUGUCUUCCCACCAACCCCCCAACCUCAUUCUCUCUCCUGCCCAUAGCUGUCUUCCUUUCCCUCAGCUUCUGCCUCCAUGUCAUCUCCCUCGCUUUUGUGGUAAGGGCUAGGCAAUGGGGGUCAAGUGACUUGUCCAGGGUCACACAGCUGGGAAGUGGCUGAGGCCAGAUUUGAACCUAGGACCUCCCGUCUCUAAGGACUGGCUCUCAAUCCACUGAGCCACCCAGCUGCCCCCUGAAACAUAAAAUCUUACCUGAGACAAAAAGAAGCCAGACAACAAAAAUUAGGCACAAGAAGGCAGUCGUGGGGCUGUACGGAUUUAAUAUUUUUAGUAUUACAGUAUAUUCUUAUAAAAAAAGGUGCGAAUAAAAAGGACACUACAGAUUUUGUACAUUA